AUGUCGUGCAUUGGUGUGGAUGACUACAGCUCAGAGUCUGAUGUGAUUAUUAUACCUUCAGCCCUGGACUUUGUCUCACAAGAUGAAAUGUUGACGCCUUUGGGAAGACUGGACAAGUACGCUGCAAGUGAGAACAUAUUUAACAGGCAAAUGGUGGCUCGAAGUUUGCUGGACACUUUGAAAGAAGUCAGUGAUGAUGAGAGAGACUGUAUUGCUGUGUUGGAGAGAAUCAGCAGAUUAGCUGAUGAUUCAGAGCCUACAGUGCGGGCAGAACUGAUGGAACAGGUGCCUCAUAUUGCUAUGUUCUGUCAAGAAAACAGACCUUCAAUCCCAUAUGCUUUUUCCAAAUACUUACUGCCUAUUGUGGUACGAUACCUCGCAGACCAGAAUAACCAGGUAAGAAAAACAAGCCAGGCAGCAUUGUUAGUUCUGUUGGAGCAAGAACUCAUAGAGAGGUAUGAUGUGGAGACCAAAGUAUGCCCUGUUCUGAUAGAUCUGACAGCUCCAGACAGCAACGAUGAUGUGAAGACAGAAGCCGUGGCUAUAAUGUGCAAAAUGGCCUCCAUGGUGGGAAAGGACAUCACGGAAAGACUUGUUCUUCCUAGGUUUUGCGAGAUGUGCUGUGACUGCAGAAUGUUUCAUGUUCGUAAGGUAUGUGCAGCCAAUUUUGGAGAUAUCUGCAGUGUGGUUGGGCAGCAAGCCACUGAAGAAAUGCUGCUGCCGAGGUUUUUCCAGCUCUGCUCUGAUAAUGUGUGGGGAGUUAGGAAAGCCUGUGCUGAAUGCUUCAUGGCAGUUUCUUGUGCAACAUCACAGGAAGUCCGGAGGACGAAAUUGUCAACCCUUUUUAUUAAUUUGAUUAGUGAUCCUUCACGAUGGGUCCGCCAAGCUGCUUUUCAGUCUCUGGGGCCUUUCAUAUCAACUUUUGCUAACCCAUCCAGCAGUGGCCAGUACUUUAAAGAAGAAGAUGGUAAAAGCCCAGAAGAUUGUGGUUCUGCACAGGGAAACAGUGAACAAGUCAGGACUACUGAAGAUGUCACAACAGAGGAUGAGCACAACAGGACAGAGGAUCUGUCUUCACGUGUUGAUAAUGAUGAUUUUGCAACAAAACUUGAAAAUGCCAUGGAAGAUCGAAAUACGGUGUCAAAUAACUCCCAGAGGGAAAGUGAUUUCCAGACUGAGUCAUCCUUCCAUUGCACUUUGUCUUCAGAAUCUUGUGGGGAAAUGGCUGAUGAGAACGAGCGAAGUUCUCAUUGCUGUACAGUAGGUCUGCGGGAGGCUAGGCUGAGUUCACAGGAAACCUUUCUUUCAGAGCAGGAGUUGUACAACUCUUUCCAUUUCUGGAGGACUCCACUUCCUGAAAUAGAUAUUGACUUGGAGCUUCAGCAGACUUCUGAGAUAAUACUUGAUAGAGAAAUUCAGGAACUCACUAUGCCAGUGUCUCCAAACAUUCCGAUGGCAACUAGGAAAGAAUUGGAAGAAAUGAUAGAAAAUUUGGAACCCCAUAUAGAUGAUCCAGAUGUUAAAGCACAAGUGGAAGUGUUGUCUGCUGCGCUCAGAGCAUCCAGUUUAGAUCCUCAGGAAGAGACAGUGGCCAGCGUCGGCAAGGGAACAGAGUCACAGACUGAACUAACCAUCAAUGACCAACAAAAUUUUAAACCUAUACUGGGUGAUAUUGUGCCUUUAAUUGGUGAUACUGUUGAG